CGCGGGCCAGUCGUGUUCGGUCCCACCAACCGCACUGUUUAGUUCCCAAACCCAAACUCUAACUCAGAAAAGUUGUGCGUUCAAACACAGCCCCCAUGUGAUAAAAAGUGCAACAAAAAUUCCUUGGAGCUCGGAUUGUUCUCUCUCUCUAUCUCUCUCUCUCUCUCUCUGUCUCUCUUCCGGGAGAGGAAGGCUUGUUUUCUGAUUGGCCAUGUCUCAAUCUCCAAGCCCCUCUUCGCCGGCCACUCCCUCGGCGCCGCCACCAGCCACGCCAGCCGCUCCGCCGCCAGCUACUCCCUCAGCGCCGCCGCCGGCCACUCCAUCUGCUCCGCCACCAGCCACUCCCUCAGCGCCGCCACCGUCCACUCCGUCUUCGCCACCACCGUCCACUCCCUCGCCACCACCGUCCACGCCUUCCACUCCCUCCACCCCGCCGCCAAGCGCAACUCCGUCUACUCCUUCACCGCCGUCGAACCCAACGACGCCUCCUUCUCCUCCGGCGACGACAAGGAGUCCGCCGCCUCCUUCGAGUUCUGGCACCCCCCCGAGCACUCGUAGCCCUCCGCCACCCCCGUCGACGAGUGGUUCGCCGACGUCUUCGUCGAGUGGGAUAUCGACUGGGGUUGUGGUUGGGAUAGCGAUCGGUGGGGUGUUGAUUCUGGUGGUGCUGAGUAUACUGUGCGUGUGUUGCACCAAGAAGAAAAGGAGACGCCGAGAUGAGGAGGGCUACUAUGCGCCUCCACCUCCGCCUCCAGGUCCCAAAGUUGGCCCUUACGGUGGUCCACAACAGCAGCAUUGGCAACAAAAUGCUCCCCCACCUGCGAAUCAUGUUGUUGGAGUGUUGCAGAAACCCUCUCCUCCACCAGCAGUUGCAUCACGACCACCUUACUCACCGGCAAAUGCUCCUACAACACCGCAGCCCCCACCACCACCGCCUUUCCUGAACAGCAGUGGAGGCUCUGGGUCCAAUUAUUCGGGGUCAGAAAAUCCACUCCCACCACCUCAUCCAGGAGUAGUCUUAGGUUUCUCAAAGAGCAGUUUUUCAUACGAAGAAUUAGCUAUGGCAACUGAUGGAUUCUCGGAUGCCAACCUUCUUGGACAAGGUGGAUUUGGGUAUGUGCAUAGAGGAGUCCUUCCGAAUGGGAAGGAAGUGGCUAUCAAGCAGUUGAAAGCUGGAAGUGGGCAGGGGGAGCGUGAGUUUCAGGCAGAGGUUGAGAUUAUUAGUCGAGUACAUCACAAACAUCUUGUUUCAUUGGUUGGGUACUGUAUCACUGGGUCUCAGAGGCUGCUUGUUUAUGAGUUUGUUCCAAACAAUACCUUAGAGUUCCACUUACAUGGGAAGGGGCGACCAACUAUGGAUUGGCCCACAAGACUUAAAAUUGCCUUAGGAUCUGCAAAAGGACUGGCAUAUCUUCACGAGGAUUGCCAUCCCAAGAUCAUUCAUCGUGAUAUCAAAGCAUCCAAUAUACUUAUAGACUUCAAGUUUGAGGCAAAGGUUGCGGAUUUCGGACUUGCAAAGUUGGCCUCUGAUACCAAUACUCAUGUCUCCACCAGGGUGAUGGGAACUUUUGGGUAUCUGGCUCCAGAAUAUGCGUCAAGUGGGAAACUCACAGACAAAUCAGAUGUUUUCUCCUAUGGGGUCAUGCUUUUGGAGUUGAUCACCGGACGCCGACCUGUUGACACAACCCAUUCCUUCAUGGAGGAUAGUUUGGUAGACUGGGCAAGGCCUUUGCUCACACGAGCUUUGGAAGAUAGAAACUUUGAUGCUCUGAUUGAUCAAAGGCUGCAAAAUGAUUAUGAACCCAAUGAGAUGGCAUGCAUGGUUACUUGUGCUGCUGCCUGUGUGCGUCAUUCCGCACGGCGUCGACCAAGAAUGAGUCAGAUUGUUCGAGCUUUGGAAGGAGAUGCGUCUCUCGCAGAUCUUAGUGAAGGAAUCAGACCUGGACACAGCACCGUAUACAGCUCUCAUGGAAGCUCAGACUAUGACACCAGCCAAUACAAGGAGGACAUGAAAAAAUUCAGGAAGGUGGCAUUGGGAAGCCAGGAGUACGGUGCCAGUAGCGAGUAUAGACUGGCAUAUCUUCACGAGGAUUGCCAUCCCAAGAUCAUUCAUCGUGAUAUCAAAGCAUCCAAUAUACUUAUAGACUUCAAGUUUGAGGCAAAGGUUGCGGAUUUCGGACUUGCAAAGUUGGCCUCUGAUACCAAUACUCAUGUCUCCACCAGGGUGAUGGGAACUUUUGGGUAUCUGGCUCCAGAAUAUGCGUCAAGUGGGAAACUCACAGACAAAUCAGAUGUUUUCUCCUAUGGGGUCAUGCUUUUGGAGUUGAUCACCGGACGCCGACCUGUUGACACAACCCAUUCCUUCAUGGAGGAUAGUUUGGUAGACUGGGCAAGGCCUUUGCUCACACGAGCUUUGGAAGAUAGAAACUUUGAUGCUCUGAUUGAUCAAAGGCUGCAAAAUGAUUAUGAACCCAAUGAGAUGGCAUGCAUGGUUACUUGUGCUGCUGCCUGUGUGCGUCAUUCCGCACGGCGUCGACCAAGAAUGAGUCAGAUUGUUCGAGCUUUGGAAGGAGAUGCGUCUCUCGCAGAUCUUAGUGAAGGAAUCAGACCUGGACACAGCACCGUAUACAGCUCUCAUGGAAGCUCAGACUAUGACACCAGCCAAUACAAGGAGGACAUGAAAAAAUUCAGGAAGGUGGCAUUGGGAAGCCAGGAGUACGGUGCCAGUAGCGAGUAUAGUGGACCAACCAGUGAGUAUGGUUUGUACCCUUCUGGAUCAAGCAGUGAAGGCCAAAACACCCGAGAUAUGGAGAUGGGAAAGAUAAAGAAAAGCAGCCAAGGUUUCAGUGGAAGCUCUUGAGUCUCGACCACUGAUGCCUUUUUUCUUGCUCAUGUAAAAACCCACC